AUCUCUAAACAUGGGAGUGGAAAAUUUAAAUCGAGUUUCGCAAGGUGUUUUUUCUUUGUUGCACUGGUCGUUUGUCCUAUUUAUUUACAAAUUAUUUGUUGAAUUUUCACAAAAUAAUUAAAAAAAACUUUCCGAAAAGUGAUUUAAAAUGUCGUCGAACGAUGACGUUGUUCUUUCGAGGCGCAGCGCUAUGUUCCAGACUCCCAAUCACAUCCAAAAAAAACCACUAGGGGGUUUGAAGUCUUCAAAUUUGACAUCUGCCAAACGUAGGCCACUUUCUGUUCUAAACCCAAAUAACAAUGUUUCUGACUGCAGAACAUGUGAAAGACCCAAACUGUUACCAAGCCUAACAAAGCCUGUCCUGCGGAUGAGCGAGGCAAAGAAUGCCUUCAAAAAGCCAGUGAAACCGUCAAUCCUAGAGGAUGAGUAUGAAGAAAUUGAGAAAAUGUUUAUAGAGGAGAAGCCGGCAGUUGAUUUGUAUGAGGAUGUGAUUCCUUUAAAAGAGCAACCAACGACGUAUUUGAGUCAGUUUGUCUUAAUGUUCCCAUCCAUUUCAAGCAGUCUCUACUACAGCAGCGGUACAGAUCGCUGCUACAACGUCGAUCAUCAUGAUGAGACCGCUACUGCCGAUGGCUUUUCUGCAGAGGAUGACUUUGACUAUCUGAAAUCUGACAAAGAAUUACUAAAAGUCAACAUGGAUGAGUUGAUGAUGUUGGAUGAAGAGAUUGCAGCUGCCACCUCCGCUGCUGAAACCGCUGAUGAUGAUGAUAAUGAUCACAGUGAUGAUGAUGAUGAUGAUAGUAAUGAUCACGUGGGCAAUAAAAACGAUGACGUCAGAAAUGUGCUGGAAUUUCCGCCCAUGCACUUUUUCGAUGAUUUAUUUCUAAGUAUUUAACAUGUUGUUAUUACCAUUAUUAUUAGUAUUAUUAUGAUUACUGUUGAAAAUUAUGUUGUUAUUAUUAUUAUUACAUUAUAUUCAUAUAGGCAAGUUAAACUAGAGUCAAUGAACUAUAACCUUUUCAACCUUUAUUAAUAAUAAUUUUUUAUUAUGUUUUGUGUGUCUAGCAGGGUGUUUUUAAAGCAUUUAUUGUGAUUAGUGCUGGUAUUAUUAUGAUUUUUCUGAUUAUUAUGUUAUUUUUUCUGUUUUUAUUGUAGGAUUUCAGAUCUUGUAAAAUUAUUUAUCUGAUUAAUUAUUAAUUAAUUAUUUAAAACUUGAUGUUGUCGUAAUAUAAGUGAAUAACUUUGAAUAAACGAAUUGAAAAAUGGAUGAAAUUUAUUUAUAAUCAGUUACAUAAACGUUCUCUGUGCUAUUUUAUUACUGUUUAACAUUGUUUUUUGGUUUACAUUAUUCAAAUUUAUUUGAAACAAAUAUAUAAUGACGGUUGUUUAAUAUGAGAUGUAUGUCGAAUAUUAUGUUACAUAUGGACAUUGUUUUUCUGUAAGAUUAUAUAGUACAUACACAAUGCUUUUAUUGGUCGAAUCUUUUAAAAUGGAAAAACAUUAUAGAGAAUGUAUUUAUAUUUGCUAUAGAAUAAUUAUAUUAUGGUAUUAUAAAAGCUCCCAAUGAAAAACGUAGAAAAUUUAUGCUUACGAUAUGUUAUAUUGUAGAUAAUUGAGCCAUUUAGCUGUUUUAUUAGAGUUAUUUGGUCGUUUAGCUAGUGGAAUAUUAGUUUAGUAUGCGCUUUAUUCACUUAUUUUAUUUUAUAGCGAAUUCCAUAUACGAUUAUUGUCUAAAUGCUUUAUAUGUGUGGUUAUUUCUCACUAAAAUGUCAUUCUACAUUAGUGAUGGUAUGUGCUUUAAAGGGCCAAAAAAUAUAGCUAUCUGAAUUUAAGGUUAGCACUUGAAAUAUGUGCUUGAAAUAUUUAACAUUACAACGCUUUUGCCAUGUAAAACAAUUUGGAGUAUACAUGUGCGUGUAUGGUGCUAUUUCGUUACUAUGCUAAAUAAGAAUUAUAUGAUUCUAUAUAUACAUAUAAUAUAUUGGUAUAAAUAUAAUAGCAACCCACUAA